AGCUUAGGUAAGCUAAGUACAAAGUUAUAUUUUUAAUAAUGGUACCUGUAGCAACAUACGUGUUUGUAGACUUAGAAACUACUGGCUUGCCUGUCGAGGAAACCAAUCGCACUAAAAUUACGGAACUAAGCAUGGUCGCUGUAAAGCGAGAACAUUUGCUAAGGACACUUGCCGGCGCAUCGCCUAGGGUUCAAAACAAGCUUACCCUUUGUUUCAAUCCAUGUAGAAUGAUACAUCCGGGUAGUACAGCUACAACGGGUCUUUGUAAUGACCUUCUCGAACAUGAAACAAAGUUUGAUAAGAAUGCCUUCAAUACUGUAAACUCAUUUCUUAAUAUUCUAACUAAACCAGUGUGUUUAAUCGCUCAAAAUGGACAUAAUUUCGAUUUUCCUAUUAUUAAAAAUCAUUUAGAGAAAUUAUCAGUUCAAUUUACUGAUGAUCUUUUAUGUGCUGACUGUUUGCAUGCCUUUUAUGAUAUCCUAGAAAAAGUGAAAAGUUCCAAUACGCAAGUUUUGGAACAAAAAACUUCAGAUCUCAUCAAAGAAAAUUCAAAUAUAAUAAACCCACAAUUGAAUGAGAAAAACUUUGAUGUUGACAAUCAACUUUCAAUGCAAACUAUUAAUGAAACAACACCAAAACAACAGAUAAUUAAAAGUGAAAUAGAAAAAUGUCUUGAUGAUACAAAUAUGUUUAACAUAAACAAUCAAAUUUCCAUGCAAAAGAUCAACGAAACAACACCAAAGCAACAACAAAUUAAAACUGAUCAGACAACAAGAAAACUUGACAGAAAGAAGCUAUCAAAAGUUCGUAGAAGAUUUCCAUGGAGUGGUGCAAAGCCAAAAGACAGUUACAAAUUAAAGAAUAUUUACGAGAGAGUAUUAAAUCGUGUAGGCAUUGAAGCUCAUCGUGCGGAAAAUGACUGUACAAUGGCUUUAGAAAUAUCUGCAGCGCUUAAUAACGAUUUUGUAAAGUGGGUAGAUGAAAAUCAUUGUUUAUUCUCUGAUGUUAAACCUAUGACCAUUGGAGUUCCGUUAGGAGAAUAAUGAAAAACAUUAUUU